GGUUCACUACGCAGAGAAAAAGCACGAGUCGAAACCCUAAGGUUGGUUUUUCCACCGAGGAAGCCUUGGUCUUCGAUUUGCUUCUCUCUCUCCAACGCUGCUUCUCUUCUGCGGUUGUCCGAAUCGAGAUGGCAACUAAACCUUUGACGAGCGAUGCUAUUGCUCUUACGGAGAAGAAAAUGGACAUGACUCUAGAUGACAUUAUCAAAAUGUCUAAGAAUCCUGCAAAUAAAGCCAAGAAGUUUAGAACUUCUAAUAAAAAUCAGAGAAGUUUUAGAAAUGCUGCCAAAGAAAAAUCCCUGAAGUUUAGACACUUCAUGGACACAAGAUCAUCUCUUAGACAGGGAGCUCUUGCUCGGAAAAGAUCAAAUUUUCAACCGAACCAUUUUCCUUUGGCAACUGAAGCUGCAAGGAAGGCUGGCGUCAAUCCUUUUGGCGGAAGAGCUUUUAACCGCGAUAGAAUAGCUUACGCAAAUAGGCCAAGGGGUGGAGCUGUAUUCCGUCAGAAGAGGAUUGCAAAUGGAGCUGUUGCUGCAAAGCAGAAGGAGAAUGAAAAGAAUGCAGGUGGCAAGCAGAGGCCUAAGACACUGGAUUCUCUGUUUGCGGAUCUGAAGGAACAGAGGAUGAAGGCCGUGCCACGUCAGAUCAAUACAGUCCCUCGCCAGAUCAAUACAGUGCCACGUAAUGGGGGUGGCCACCCAAUUCCCCCGUGGCAUAGAGCUCGAUUCAGAAACUAAUCCAUGCCCCAGUUAAGUUGCGGCUGGAACAAAGUGCCGUUUUCCCAGCCGGUGCCGGUGUCUUCCUACACAUCCAUUUGUGGCGUCCUUAUGGUAUUGGUACCUAGCAGUGCUCAAGUGAGUAUAGUUUUCAUUGGGUUGAUUUUGCAUGUGGCCGUAGUGGCCAUGUCUGUAAAAAGUCUUUACCUUUACUCAAUUUGGUUUUGCUGAUUGACAUGACACUGUCAACAUCAAUUGGGCGAGCUUGUGAUGUUUUCAUUUAUGCGCAAACUGAAACUUUUCAAUAUUAUCAAGCUCUUAUUUACGAU